AUGGAGACGCAGUACAUUGCACAGAUCUAUGACUUUGACCGCGCGAUGGUGGACGAUGUCGCUACGCUGAACGCACUGGGUGACGUGUCGCGGCGGCGCUACAAAGACGACGGAACACUCGAUUUCCUCAUGUUUCCGUUCGACAUGUGCUCACAGAACCGGAAGGACGCACUUGUGUCGCAGUGGUUUGCGUCAUACUUGCAGAAUCAACAAAAUCCCAUGGGGAUUAAUGGAAGCUUUUCACAAAACGCAGUGGGGGGUGUCUGGUUUGCGGACAAUAGUAUGCAAACGCGCCGCGCGGCACACGUUGUCUUGCAGACCAUGACCGGGAUGCAAAGUGACGACCCGGUCUGGUUUGAGCAACAAAUGGAAAUCAUAGGAUUCCGAAUCGAGGAUAUAUUUACCAACGACGAGUUUGUUAACAAUGUGAUCGGCGCGUGCCGCACGGCGACCGAACACGACUAUCCCAACGUGGUGGUCGUGCUCGAAGCGCGCAAUACACACAUCCAGCUGCACGAAACGCUGGCAAACAAAAACCGAAUUUGA